GUGCAAUAAACAAAGAGACAGAGACAGAGACAGAGACGAUUCCUUGUUUCUCGAAUGUUGAGAAAGACUCUAACUUUAAUCUCACUAAGAAGACCCUUCUCUUCAAUUUCCCGAAAACCAUCGCCUAAAACCCUAACCCCACACCAAAAGUCCUCCUUUGAAUCAACUCUCCACCAUUCACUAAUCACCCACGACACUGAUCAAGCAUGGAAGGUCUUCCGAUCCUUCGCCGCCGCUUCUUCUCUCCCCGACAAGCGUCUCCUAAAUUCUCUCAUCACCCACUUGUCCUCGUUACACCACGCAGAUCAAAACACUUCCCUCAGGCACAGACUCAAGCGUGCCUUUGUUUCCACGACUUACGUUAUCGAGAAAGAUCCGAUUUUGCUUGAGUUUGAGACCAUCCGUACGGUUUUGGAGUCAAUGAAACUAGCGAAAACUUCCGGGCCAGCGUUGGCUUUGGUGGAGUGUAUGUUUAAAAACAGGUACUUUGUUCCUUUUGAUCUCUGGGGGCGUUUGAUUAUUGAUAUCUGUAGUGAAACUGGAAGCCUGGCUGCGUUUCUUAAGGUUUUUAGGGAAAGUUGUAGAAUUGCAGUAUAUGAGAAGCUUGAUUUUAUGAAACCGGAUUUGGUAGCUAGUAAUGCGGCUCUUGAAGCGUGUUGCUGGCAGUUGGAAUCUCUGGCUGAUGCUGAAGAUGUGAUUGAAUCUAUGGCUGUGUUGGGUGUGAAGCCUGACGAAUCGAGCUUUGGGUUUCUUGCUUAUUUGUAUGCGAGAAAGGGGCUUCGAGAGAAGAUUAGUGAGAUUGAGAAUUCAAUGGAUGGUUUUGGGUUUGUAAGUAGAAGAAUCCUUUAUUCUAAUGUGAUCAGUGGAUAUGUUAAGAGUGGUGAUUUAGAUAGUGUUUCUGAUGUUAUACUGCAUAGUCUUAAAAGAGGAGGAGAAGACUCGAGUUUCCGUGAGGAAACGUACUGUGAAUUGGUUAAAGGGUUUAUAGAGAGUAAAAGCGUUAAGUGUUUAGCCAAACUGAUAAUCGAAGCUCAGAAGCUUGAAUCUCUGUCCAUUGACGUUAACGGUUCAGUUGGGUUUGGAAUCGUAAAUGCUUGUGUCAAGCUCGGAUUUUCGGGUAAAAGUAUUCUCGAUGAAAUGAAUGCUCAGGGAGGAUCUGGAGGGAUUGGGGUGUAUGUGCCGAUCUUGAAGGCCUAUUGCAAAGAAGGCGGAACAGCUGAAGCUACUCAGCUGGUUACAGAGAUCAGCAGCUCUGGGCUUCAAUUAGACGUUGAGACCUAUAACACUAUGAUCGAAUUUUCCAUGACGAAACAGGAUUUCCUAUCUGCGCUUACAUUGUUUAAGGAUAUGAGAGAAACAAAAGUAUCAGAUUUGAAAAGAUGCUACUUAACAAUAAUGACAGGUCUCCUUGAGAAUCAGAGACCUGAUUUAAUGGCAGAGUUUGUGGAGGAAGUUGUGGAAGAUCCUCGCGUAGAAGUGAAGUCCCAUGAUUGGAAUUCCAUCAUCCAUGCCUUCUGCAAAUCUGGGCGCCUAGAAGAUGCAAAGAGUACAUUCAGAAGGAUGGCUUUCCUUCAGUAUGAGCCAAAUAACCAGACAUACUUGUCAUUGAUCAAUGGAUAUGUGAGCUGCGAGAAGUACUUCGAGGUGGUGGUUUUGUGGAAAGAGUUCAAAGACAAGAAAGCAAAACUGGAGCAUGCUCUUGCGGAUGCGUUCUUGAAUGCAUUAGUCAAAGGAGGGUUCUUUGGCACGGCGUUGCAAGUGAUAGAGAAAUGUCAGGAGAUGAAGAUAUUCGUGGACAAGUGGAGGUACAAGGCAACGUUCAUGGAGACUCAAAAGAAUCUCAGAUUGCCAAAGUUGAGGAAGAGGAAGAUGAAGAAAAUGGAGUUUCUUGAUGCCUUUAAGAACUGGGCUGGUCUUACCACAUGAAAAAAUCUCUCAACGAUCAAAUCCAAAACUUUUCUCUUGGUGCGGCCAUGAUAAGAUUAACAGAGAGAGUUUAUAGUCAUUCGUUUUUUUUAACGUUUGGAAGCUCAAAGAUUGUUUCCGCAUAUGCUUAACUCAAUUCUUUGAAAGUUCCAAGAGAGUUUGGAUAGUUCUUAUUUCACAUUAUUAACUCAUUAAGUAUGCACAAUAAUAGCAUCCGAUGUAUCUCUUGUUUCU